UUUAUUCCAAGUUGGCAGUUGAUAAAACGUUGCAACUGAAAUAUAAGCCCCCGCCAAAACCCCUCUUUCUCUUCUCUGUUUUCUCUGUUUCUCUGCAAUGGCUUCUUCUUCUUCCUCCAAACCAAAAACUGAGAUUCUCCGACUUGCAGGGGCAGAUUUUCUUCCCAAACACAAAGGUCCCGAACUCCGGCCUCUAAUAUUGGAAGAUGAUGAUCCUCCCCAGGAGAAAGAAAGAGUCCUUCCGAGCAGUGAUUAUAUCAAUCUUCGAGUGAAAGCCAGACAAAUUCUUGAUUCUCUAAAUCAUGCUGACAUUCAACAACUCUUCGUUGACAAAACAUUGUUACAAUUCUGCAAAUCCGAAUACCCAAAUGUAUUGUGUGUGAAGCUAUCACAGCUCCUCCUAGACUCUCAAAAUAGCCCUGAAAUCAAAUCGAAAUGCUCCAUUCUCCUUCACUUUCUUCUUGAUUCUCCCCGUCGUUCUACAAGUGUCUGGAGUUCCACCUCCUACAUCAUCAGGACUGAACUCAAAAUCGCGAUUCUUGAAAUUCUUAAACAAGAUAACCCCAAACAGAUUUGCAAACAGAUGUGGAAGACAGCAUCUCAGAUAUUCAGCUGUGUUGUUAUCGAGAAACAGGGGGGAUGGCAGGGUAUGCUCAGUUUAUUUUGCGAGUCUCUAAAUUCGGGUCCAUUGUAUGUUCAAGAUUGCGCCCUUAUGUUCUUUUUGGAUUUGCCCACGUGUCUACGCGAAGAACUGAGUCAGUCUGUUGAAGAUCUCCGUUUAAACUUGUUGAAUAAGUUUAAUUCUUCCAAUGGAGAGAGAAAAGUUUAUGCCUUGGCUGCUUUAGUUAAUCUUGUUCAACAUAUGUCUAGUGAUUAUUACUCUAUGUUUCAUGAUCUAUUGAUGCCAAUGAUAAAAGGGGUCUCAGAUUUUCUCGAUAAUGACGUUGAGGAGGACAAUGCACAGAGAAGUCUCAAGAAAUUAGCAGAGUUAGUUGGGGCAGAGCCAAGGUUUUUCGACUCGUAUUUGGAUCAAGUGUUUGAUGCAAUGAUUACAAUUAGUGAAAAUGAUAAGUUGGGAGAAGAAACAAGAUAUCUUUCUGUAGAAAUGAUGUAUGUUUUUGAUGAUAUUUCGAUAAAAAGGGUAGACAAGAGGAUUCUAGGAAGGCUAUGUUCUGAGUUGGCUCGGAUGAUUUCACUUAUCCCUGAUGGAUCACGAAAUUAUCUUCUCGGAGAAACUUUUAUGUUCAGGAUUUCAAUGGUAAGGAGUAAUGAAAUCCCUAUGCCUUUUUUACUCGGGGAAAUACCAAAGGAUAUGCCUUCAUCAGAAUGGCGGAAACGAUAUGCAGCAGUUCAAAUCAUUGGUGUCAUUGCAAAAGGAUGUGCAAAGGCCAUGAGCGAUAAUCUUACUAAAGUGAAGAAGGUGGUGUUGAUAGCAACGCUAGAUCCCUCUCCCACUGUCCGUGUUGCUGCUAUUAGAACAGUAAAAUCUAUGAGUCUAGACCUAUCCCCAUAUACACUGGAUCCAUGCGCUGACGUGCUUAUUACUUCGCUAUAUUUAGCACUUGCAGAUGGUGACAAUCCCCUCAAACAGGCUGCUGCUGCUUCAGCGAUGCGUUCUCUUUGUGAGAGAUGCAGUUCAUGCAUAUUAGAACCUCGCUUGCAAACAAUUGUGAGCAAACUACUUGAACUCAUCCAGAGUCCAAAUCCUGAGGUGCAAGCCGAGUCCUUAAUGACUCUAGCAACCGUUGCAAGAUUAUCAAAGGAUCUCUUCUGUAAAUGCUAUGAUUUGGUCAUCACUUCUCUAAAAAAACUUCUAGCUGAAUCAACAAGUAUAUCGGAGCAAGACAAUGCUGUUGAGUUGCAUUUGGACAAAGCUGUUGAGUGCAUUUGGACAGUUGCAAGGGCUGUUGGAAAGGAUAUAUUCAAGAAAGAUGCUACAGAGGUUGUGGCCAUUCUCGUGAAUGUUCGAUGGUAUUUAGGGGAGGAUGAUCAUAGUUUGAAAAUUACCCUUCUACGAGCAUGGAAGAAGCUUCUUAAAUGUCUCGGAUCUUGUUUUUAUCCAUAUGUGAAAGAUAUUAUGCCUGAUUUGCUCCGCUCUGCUAGACUUGGCUCGAAUAGUGCCACAGAACGUGUUAUUCUGACGGAGAAACUUAAGGCGUGUAAACUUUUACUUCGCUUAACUAGACAGUUCAAAGGGAAGUUCUUUCCAUGGAUCGAUCAGGUUUCUGACAUAGUGGUACCACUUGUGAAAUUUCAUGAUAAAGAUACAAGAAAAAUAGCUUUUUCAGUCAUGCCGAAGCUAUUGCACUCAGCAAAACUUUCUAUUGAGAACAAACAAGCUCAUGACCCUACAAAUUCCUCCUAUCUGCAUAAACUAGUGCCCCGAAUUGUACCGUCUCUGCUGGAAGUUCUGGAUGAGGAAACGGACAGUGAGAUGUGCGCAAAGAUAUUGAAAUCAUUAACCAAAUGUAUCAAGAUAGCUGGAGGAUUUCUUAACGAAAAGAAGAUUCAGCAGACAACUAAUGCGAUAGAGAAGGUUCUUAAAGCAACAUCAAGAAAACAUUUUUCACAAGAGGAAAAUGUGAGUAAGCUGGAAAAAGAGAUCAUUAAACAGGUUGUAACCUACUUCCGCGUAUUGAUCAAGAUAUACAAGGAAAACUCCGGUACUUUGGUCAACAAAUUUUUGGAAUGUAUAAAAGCUAUGAUGGAAGAUGAUGUGACAGCAAAAGAGAAGGAAAUUGCACUUUUAACCUUCAAUGAAGUCUAUCUGAAAUGUAAAGAAGCUUUUAUUAGGUAAUUUCUUGGAAGAGGAAUAUAAAACUGUCUAAAAUUACU